UGCUCAAGGGAGGUCAGCACAUACUACAUAUUACUAGCCAGCAUAGCAAUCAUCGCAGCCUUGAACUUAGCAUCGCACCUCAGCACCCAAGGUCCAUUCCGGACAUUCAGCGGUUGACAAGUUUGUCAAGAACAAUGGUUGCGAGCCCUAUUGAGCACCACCCAGAUGUUGUCGCGUGGGGUGCCAAGCGGCAAUCCAACGAUGCACUUGUGAGCAAGGAAUUUGGUUUUUGGACCCCGCCCCCCUCAGAAACGCGGUAUGUAAGCGCGGACCAAAGCAACCGAGUUACAACAGUAGAGGCUAUCAGCACCUAUCUUGGAUUGAAGCCGCAAAGGUGUCGCAGCCCUCAAUUCUCGAUCAGAGACACGAUAAUGUAUAUCGGUCGAAGCAAGCAACGUUAUCCCGUGUCGUCAGUGUCGAUGUCCAAACUGACUCUUCAUUUGCUGCGCUAUAUGCUUUUAUGGCGAGUCUCGCGGUUAAUGUCGGGCUCGCUUGUGGAUUUCUAGCACUUUUGAUAUCUUCCAACAAGCGGAGGACUAGCACGAAUUUCUCCAGCUUCGUUAUUGGUCCUGAUAAACCCAUAUCGGAGGCCGAGCUGCUGCAUGUACAGAUCAUCUG